CUCAACUUCAUUGUGUGUUGACAAAUUCAGAGAGAAAAGCGUCACCGGUAAAGCCGAACUAUGCGUCACGUGUCUGAGAAGACAGCCCCCCCUCUGCCCUUGUCCUGUCUGCGUCUCCUGGUCCCGCCGCUUCGGCUGCUCUCUGCAGCCAUCUGGGAAACUGUGCAGCAGAAAGUUGUGGCCAAUUACGGGCUGCUGGACGACUUUGUGACGGCAGUCACCGAGAUCGUCCCGGGGCUUCUUAAUCCCAGACAGAGGCGCCUGCUGAGCCUCGGCCUCCGGGCUCAGUUGACACUGGAGUUGUGUCGCCCAGAGCAGACAAUAGAAAUGAAGACCCUGCAGCCACACCUGGACGUCAUCACUUCCCUGUGGAACACAGAGGUGAGUGAUUCAGGGGCCGGGCCGUGUGCACCGAGCCUCCUCGGACUUAUUCACACUCUGCUUAAAGACCAGGAGGAGAGGCGACACUUCUUCCAGGACGUUUUCCCAGUGACAUUUGGAGACAAGUACUCUGAAGACAUCCAGAUGUUUGUGGAGAUAUUCCUCUUGCGGCUUGAGAAGUUACUUCCUGUCCCAAAUCACAAACAGGUUGCCUGUAUGCUCAGCGACGCGCCUUCGGUUCUGUCCGAGUGUCUGCAGUCUUUCUGUCAACCUCAGGAACUAAAGUCUCUUCUGGAAUAUCACAAAGAGCUGAGUCAGCUGAAUGACAGUGAUGAUCAACCAGUCGGCGCCAGCAUCUGUUCAGCUCUCCGUCUGCCGCCUUUGACGGCAGCCGCGACAGAACGAGAAGAGACGCCCCUUGAAGUAAACGUCCUCACCGAUUACAUGGAGGCGUUCAACAAAGAGCUGAUAGUGGGGGCCGCAACGCCGAGGAAAAGUCAAGAUGGUGGAAAGACGUCGAGCGGCAAACCGGGGAGGAGAGAGCCCGGAGGCUUGGAGGGUCAGUCCCUGGGUAACGGGGUUCAACAUGUCGGGUCUUUGGAUAUCGGCAAGACGAGUGUGGACUCUCAUGCCGUUGAGGUCCAUGUGGGUAAUAAUGUUAGAGUCCUUGCUGAAGGGGCUGUUGCCUCAGAGAACGAGCCGUUGGUUAGACCUCCAGAUGACCUUGACUACAAUGUCCUGAGCCCAAGUGAGACUGAAAAGUCCUCGAAAGAAACUUCAAACGCAACAACCGACGGACAAGAGCGAAACACCAACAUCUCUACGGCGGUGAUGUCUCCUGCACCGGAUGCAGCUGCCGCGGUCACGUUCCCAACGCCGGUCAGAGGAGACCGACGUCUAAAGGUGAGGAACGUUUCAGCGCCGCCCAAAGAUGAGCCGCCGGAGAGGGAUCCUCGAGUCCCGCCAACCGGCAAGACAUGCCCCACGUGCGGCAAGACGUACAGCCGCGCGGCAGACAUGCGGCGGCAUCAGAGGAGCCACACGGGCGAGCGGCCUUUCCGAUGCUCGCGGUGCGAGAAGCGCUUCCAGUUCCAGCACGACCUCAAGCGGCACGAGUGGAGCGCGUGUCGAGUCGCUCGGAGGACCGGCUCCGAGGUGGAGGCGCGCCCGGAAAGAGACGCUCGAGACACGGAGCGAGGGGACGUCCCCGGGCGACUCCGAACCCCGCCGACGGACGUCGGGACUCGCGGAGAGGAACGUCGGAUGAAUCCGAAACAAGUUGCGGAUCCUUCGGGAGACGGGGAGCGAGAUCCCCAACCAGAGCAGAGCCAGGAACCUCGCCGGGGGAAUCGGAGCGGCCGGAAGUCGAGGAACAACCCCGCCGACGCCGCACUGCGUUGUGUCGAGUGCCGCCGGUCGUUCCCCGACGCGGCGAGGCUUAAAACGCACAACCUGAGACACGAGCCUCGCGCGUGCACCAAGUGCGGGGAGAGCUUCAAAGGUUUCGUAGACCUCAACCAGCAUUACGCCGACGUGCACGACUUCAGGGGACCCUUCCCUUGCACCGCGUGCGACCGCAGCUACACCGACCUGAGAGGUCUGACCAGGCACGAGCGGCUCCACACGGGCGACCUCCCCUUCACGUGCCCCAAGUGCCCCAAAGCGUUCGGCUACGCGUCGGCGUUGACGCUGCACGACCGGACGCACACCAACGAGGCGCCGUUCCUCUGCUGGGACUGCGGGAAAGGCUGCCGGUCCAACGGCGCCCUGAGGACCCACAGGCUGUGUCGCCACGGCGGCGCCGCGGAGAAGCGCUUCUGCUGCGAACACUGCGGGCAAGCGUACGCGCUCAAGAGGAGCUUGGACCUGCACGUGGCCAAGCUGCACGCCGGCGUGCGCUACCCGUGCGCCCGCUGCGGCAAACUGUUCCGCAGCGCCAGUUCCCUGACGAGACACGACCGGACGCACACGGCGGAGCGGCCGUACUCGUGCGCCCGGUGCGGCAAGAGCUUCCGGUCGGCGUCGGAGCUGAAGAUACACACUCGCUACCACACCGGGGAGCGGCCGUUCAAGUGCCGGGAGUGCGGCAAGGGCUUCGUGCAGUCGUACUACCUCACGGCGCACACGCGGACGCACACGGGGGAGAAGCCGUACAGAUGUGCCACGUGCGACAAAUGCUUCAAAAGCGCGGGGAUUCUGAAGAGACACCAACGGACGCACACCGGGGAGAAGCCCCAUAAGUGCGCGGCCUGUGAGAUGGCCUUCAGUCGGCCGGAGCUCGUGAAAGCUCACGCAAAGAAGUGUCAUUGAAUGUAUCCGGAGCAAUAAAGUCUGGAAGUGAGCUCCAAUUUGUAUCAUAAAAGGUGCUAAAUAAUACGCCAGAGCACAUCUGUUGCCUCCACUCUGCAGUGCAAAUGAAAGUAACUGCGUUGACCCCCGAGGGCGGACUGGAAGGCGGAAGCUGCGCCUUGGGCGACGCCGUCGGCCCGGACGUCGUUAUCACUGCGGCGAUCUCGAUGAACCCGUCGAGCUGCGUUCAGGACGCGUUUGGCUUUGUUAAUUUAAAAAAGGCGGCUUAGAUAAAGUUGUGUUGAGUAACCUGACAAACAGUACGUUGUUAUCUCUUUGUCUGAGUGAGGGAACGUUUUCACCUUUCAUGCAACGACAUUUACUAAGUCGUUUCCCGUCGUCCAGCAGUGAGGGUGUAUCCUCUACGAUCUCAGGAAUGCUUCAGUCCUCAUCAACAUCUUCAUCUCAGGAAUGUUCCAGACUGUUACUUAAUGUUAUUGUUAGUAUUAUAUCCAUGAAAUAGAAAGGGUGUAACAUUAAGGAGAAAUUAAUUGGCAACAAUGUAAUAUAUGCAUAAAUGUGUUUUAAUCGGUGUAGAAUGACUGAAUUUAGGAAUGGUAAUAUUUUUGUUUUAGGGUACUUUUCUUAGUCUGCCAAGUCAAAUUACAGACACACGCCGGCUGUGGAGCAGUUCAAUAAAGCAGUAAAAAAGAAAAAAAGCAUACUUCAUCAAAGCAUCUGUUCAACAAGCACAACUCUGUAAACAAGUGAAACUUAUUAAAGCAUGUUUAUUUUUUUCCUUUUAUUUGUACUUGUUUUUCUUAGUUGGUUCAGAGGAUUGACUCACACUGUCACAUUUCUGUUAUUUAUUAUCAUCAUUUAUUGACUUUAUAUUGCUGCUCUAGAAACAAUAAUUAUUUAUUUCUAAAUUAUAAAUGAACCUGACCUUGCUCGUUCUGAAUUUUUUUAAAUGCUACGAGUUUUUAAAAAGUAAUGAUUUACAUAUAUAUAUACACACACACAUAAUUACAUAUGUGUGUGUAUAUAUAUAUGUACAUAUAAAUAUAUAUAAUUACAUACAUAUAAUUAUACAUAUAAAUACACACUAUAUAUAUGUGUGUAUAUAUACACGCGUAUACACUGAUAAAUAUAUACAUACACGUAUAUACAUAUUAGCUUUACCUGAGGGCCACCGUAGUUCUAGAGACCGGCAACCUUUUUUGCUUGCGAUCUGCAACCUCACCACUAGAUGGCGCUACAUCUCUCACACUGUCCCUUUAAUAAGUCUAGUCAGCUGUCCACAUUCUGGAGGGGAAAAAAACUCUUUAAACAGUCGCCCAGCAGGAAAAAAAGUAUUUCACUCAAAGAUAUACAAACGAAAAGGAUAAGUGUUUUUAAAUAAAUUUAUAUAUAAUUUUAAAAAAAGAACAAAAAGAAGCAGCAUUGCCCCAGUGAAGCAGAAUAAACACCUCUCACACGGCUCGUGGAACAGAUAAUACAUUCUGAACAGGCUGGUGGCCGUAACAGAAUAAAAUAAUCAAGCAACGAGUUGCCAACUUUAACACAAGAGGUAACAAACACAGCCUGUGAUGACGGGGGUGGGGGAGGACAGCAAAAAGAGAGUAAAACAUGAAAUAAAAAACUACUAAAGAGGGUUAAGUGCAGCACUGGUCAGAAUCAUAUAGUGUAGAUUCAGUCGAAAUUUUCUUCAGUUUCAUAUUCAGAUAAUCUGCUCAAGUACAUCGUCUCUAGAUCCAUAACAUGCAAGCUCGAUGAAGCAUAUGAUCGAAUACGCAUGGGAAUAUACUUUCUCAUAGGAUAUUUGUAAAAUCUGAAAAAUAAAAGAAAUCUGUAGAUGUACAGUGAUAAAGCAAUUUCAUUUGCAUGAAUCGGCAGAAAAAAGAAAAAAGGAA